AGCACGAUUUCCGGAUCACAUUGUUGCCCUUGGAUGCUACGGUUUUAGGCAUGUUCUCCGUGCUGGUUUAGAAAUGUUUACAAGUUUACAAACAACAUGGGCUUGACUGGCAGGAAGUGUGAUUGUUGUUGUGAAGUGUUCCAGUGGCUCUGUCGAUUAGUUGGUAUCGUUACAGCGCUUGUUCUGUGGGGUGCCGGAGUGGAGGCUGCAUUUUAUCAACAUGUUCUGGGCAUUUACAUGCUAGUGGCUGCGGUAGUUGUCACAGCGUUGGAAUUUGUCUUUGUCGUUAACUACUUUGUGGAAAUAUGUACACGCUCCACAGCGGCCAAGUGCUGGAGGUUCUGGGACUGUGUGAUGUGGCUGGAUGACUGGAAGAAGGGGAUUCUCUACAUCGCCAUCUGUAUCCCGUGCUUUAUACAGCCACACGACGUGAUCCUAGGAGUCCUUGCAGGAUGUAUAAUGUUUGUGUCGGCAGUGUUGUAUAUGCUGAAGACAUUUAAGACGCGUCGGGAACGGCGUCUUGAAACUAUCACUCAAAAACCAUCAUACGAUAGAUUUGAAGAUAUCCAUGAGGACCUACAUGAUGAUUUGGAAGACAGCAUUGUAAAUCCUAACAGUGACUUUAACCCCAUUCCCAGUGUGGGGGACCAGUCGGAGAUACUGGAGAUGUGAGGAGCUACCAGACCAUCUGUCUGUGUCUUGUCUGGUCCCUCGUGAUGACCCGAUCCUGCACAGCAGGUCACGUAGCCGAUAUCUGUUUGGCCGUCUCUGCUUCACCUAGAUGUACAUUUCCAUGGAAACGUGAAAUGGAUGGCAGCUUGGAGCAAGUGUUUGACACUGUGAUGCUUUUUUAUUUUACCUAUUGUCAAACUGCUUAAUGCUUUCUUCAGAAUUAAUGAAGCUCUCAGGUCCAUUAGACUUUAUGAUCAGUGAACAUGUUAUAAGAAGUAAAGAUUUAGAAUAUCAUCAAGGGAUAUUCACGAUAUAUAUCCUGAUAUAUAUUUGAUUUUUUAACCGAAAAUACAUUCCAGAAGAGAAAAUUAAAAAAAUAAUUUCAGAUUUGUCAGAAAACAGCUGUCAAGGGAUAUUUUAAUAUGUUGUUAUUUCUCUGAAGGAAUUCAGUAUAAAGUUAUGGGGAGGUAAAGUCUGUACUGAAAAGAAUACACGAUUGAAUAUGACUUCCUGAACAUCUCUUACCCACUGAAAUACUUUGUGGGUCAGCAUGCCUUUCAUGCUUCGUCAGGAUGGCUACCAUGGUUACUGGACCACUUAAAUGGACUUGUAUCCAUGUAGACGGCAAGUCCAUCCGGCAACUACUGUUGGGAAGCUGUAGGGCACACUGCCUCAUGCUGUCUUGUGCCUUACAUUUCACUGUCUAUCCUACACCAGUGAGUGAUUUUACUGGAAACACUGGACUGGACUGAGUUCUCCUCCGUUGACAGAUGGAAAAGGGCAAGUUAGUGAAUAUUUGCAAAAUGUUUUAUCCCACAUCGAGUCAUUGUUUAUUCACACAUAUUCACAGUUAUUGUCACUGCCACUUUUCCAAAUUUAUCAAAUAUUCCCACUGUCCACGAUUCAAUGUAUUCUAUGUACUUGACGGUAUGCAACUAGAAUCUGUUUAUGCAUGUUUUGUUUACUGUUUAUAGAAACUAUACAUAUCACAUGCUGAAAGAACCCUCCAUUGGUCCAUUACACCGGCAUUGUCACCUUAUGGUGUUUAUUUAUGGAUGAUGCAUGUCUGGUUUUAUUUUUUUUAUAUUUUGCGAUUUGAUUUAUGUGUAUUCUGCAGCACUAGUUUUCAGCACAAAAAUCUUUUUUCUUUGCUUGUGUUAUUUCCCUAUUUUCACAUUUUUACAUAGUUUAUUGGCUUCAGACAUGGCUGGGUAGCCUAGAGGGUAAAGUGUUUGCUAAUAUCGCUGAGGACAAGGGUUUGAUUCCCACGUGGGGUCUGUGUGCAGGAUGCGCGCUAUUACCGGUAUACCGGUAAAUUGAGGUUCAUUCUUUCCACAAUACGUAUCACAAUAUCAUAUUUUCAUGCUCAGUAUAUCAGGUGAUUUCAAAUAGCGAUUUUCAUCAUGGUUUUCAUGUUAUACACUUGCCAAAUACCAUCGCUGCCCCGGAGCAUGCAUCAGAGACUAAGAUGGCUGCGUAUUUAUUGAAUGAGUUAACAUUAUGUUAUACCAGCAUCUGGUUUGCUCUAUUUAUGAACUUCCAUUCAUACAUUCAAGCUUCACAUUGAUUCUGAAUUCAAAAUUUAAGAAAUACAAUGUAUUGUGAUACGUAUGGCAAUAUGGCCUUGUGGUUCGUAAAAUAUUGUGAUACACGUUAACCAUCAAUACCCAUUCCUAUGUGCAGCCGAUUCUUGUGUUGAUUACAUGGCACUAUUAUGACCUGUGCUUGUCCAUCAUCGAGUCUAAUGUAACGUGUUAUUUAUUCAUGUGUCUUUGACAUGCUAGUGUAUGCAGAAAUAGGAAUUUUAUACAGAUAUACUGCUCAAAAGA